AUGGAGGUGCAACUAGUGUUGUAUCAGGCUCAAAAGUUUUUUCUUUGGGAUCAAGAAUUUUCGUUGAAGAAGAAACUGAAAAUAGGAAGCAUAGAAAUCCAUUUGUCUUGCAAGAAGUCCAAAAGAGUAAGGUCUCACCCUCUUCUUCAGUAUCUUAACAGUUUGCACUUUGAAAUUGGAAAUCAUCAAUACAUAUCCCUUAUUUCUCCUCCAUCCCAGAACUCAGCAAUGGCUAGUGUCUCAUUCGCCUCAUCUGCCGCAAGAAGGCUUGAGGGGAAGGUGGCAAUGAUCACUGGAGGUGCAAGCGGCCUAGCACACGUAGUGAUAACCGAUGUUCAAGACGAUUUGGGUCUCUCUGUUUGCAGAGAGUUAGAAUCCGCUUCCUAUGUCCACUGUGACGUCACAAACGAAAACGACGUUGAGAAUGGCGUUAACACAGCUGUUUCCAAGUAUGGGAAACUGGAUAUCAUGGUUAACAACGCUGGCAUAAUUGAUGACAUGAAAAGAAGCAUACUGGAGAACACGAAGUCGGAAUUUGAGGCAGUGAUGAAGGUGAACGUAGUUGGUGUUUUUCUUGGAACAAAGCACGCCGCAAGGGUGAUGAUUCCUGCAGGAAGAGGAAGCAUAGUCAACACUGCUAGUGUUUGCGGAAGCAUAGGUGGCGUGGCCUCGCACGCUUACACAAGUUCCAAACACGGCGUGGUGGGACUCACGAGAAACACUGCGGUGGAGCUUGGAGCAUUCGGUGUGAGGGUGAAUUGCGUGUCACCCUUCGUCGUUGCCACGCCCUUGGCUAAGAAUGUUUUCAAGCUUGACGACGAUGGAGUUCGCGGGUUGUAUACAAACCUAAAGGGAGCUGUUCUUGACCCAAACGACGUCGCCGAAGCUGCUCUGUUCUUGGCAAGUGAUGAAUCCAAGUAUGUCAGUGGCCACAAUCUUGUCGUUGAUGGAACCUUCACUGUCGUUAACAGAGGACUUUGCGUCUUUGGGCAAUCUUCUUGA